AUGUCAGACUUUUCUGAUGAAGAGGUCUAUAACGCUCUAAAAAAUUUAAGAAACGGAAAAGCAGCUGGAACAGACGAAAUCUUGUCAGAGUUUCUUAAAAAUCUUGGACCCCGGAGCAUCAGCUGGAUUGCAAAACUGGUCAAUAAAAUAGUAAAUACGAAUACUCUCCCAAAAAUAUGGCGAGAAACGAAAGUGAUAGCUAUCCUAAAAUCAAAUAAAGAAGCUACCAACCCUAACAACUACCGACCAAUAUCCCUGCUGUCAACGACUUAUACAUAUUUUGAAAGACUGAUCCUAUCACGAUUACAAUCUUUAGUGGAAGCAUCACUACCAAUAGAACAAGCUGGUUUUAGGUGUAAUAGAAAUUGUUGUGAUCAAACCCUCACACUAUCAACGCAUAUAGAAAAUGGCUUUCAACGUCAAGAGAAGUCUGGCGCAGUCNAAAAAGUGUAG